ACGACAGAGAGACCUGCAGCGUAGUGAAAAUGAGAUCCGAAAUAUAAACCACAUUGAAAAGGUUCAAUACCAACUGGAUUUUAAAGCCUGGAACCCAAGCUAGAAGAAUCAUGGGUUGUUGGAGGAAAAUACAAAGCAGUGGUUGGAUUUUUCCCACCUUGAUCCUGUGCAUGUAUGGCUUCUUCGUCAUGAUGAGACCAUCGGAGCCUUUCCUCACACCAUAUCUAACAGGACCUGAUAAAAAUCUGACCAUUGAGGAGGUAACACAGAAAGUUUUCCCAGUUUGGACAUACUCCUACUUGGCUCUGCUGCUGCCUGUGUUCCUGCUUACAGACUACGUACGCUAUAAGCCUGUCAUUAUCAUCCAGGGAAUUAGCUUAAUUAUUACUUGGCUGUUGCUUUUAUUUGCACAUGGUGUGCAGGCCAUGCAGCUGGUGGAGUUUACCUAUGGAAUGGUGACUGCUACAGAGGUGGCCUACUAUGCCUACAUAUACAGCGUUGUCAGUGUUGACCAUUACCAGAAGGUGACAAGUUAUUGCAGAAGUAUCACUUUGGUAUCAACCACAGCAGCUUCCUUGCUGGGGCAACUUUUAGUCUCUUUAGCCCACGUGUCUUAUUUUUAUCUGAAUGCCAUAUCAUUGGCUUCUGUCUCCAUGGCAUUUAUAUCUUCAUGCUUUCUUCCAAUGCCACAAAAAAGUAUGUUCUUUCAUAAAAAGUCUUCCCCAGAAGUAUCCAUUGGGCCAACAGAUAAGAAUCCAUCAGAUACAUCCAACCAGCCAAAUUACCAGCAGGGCAAAGAUGUUAGGCGAUCAUCUGAAAAUUCUCAGAAAACUCACCAACUGUUCAAAAACCAAGACCCAAAACACUUUCUGGCAGUGCUUGUGCAGCUGUGCAAGGACUUGAAGGAAUGCUACACUACAAAGAAACUUCUUUAUUGGUCAAUAUGGUGGGCUUUAGCCACUGCAGGCUUUAACCAGAUCUUGAAUUACGUUCAAGUGUUAUGGGAUGAUAAAGCACCUUCCCAUAGUUCUGCAGUUUAUAAUGGAGCCGUGGAAGCAAUAGCAACAUUUCUGAGUUCAAUAACAUCGCUGGCUGUGGGAUAUGUAAAAUUGAACUGGGAUCUAACAGGGGAACUGGCACUGGGAAUCUUCUCUGCACUAGAUGCUGGUUCACUCUUCUUGAUGCAUUUUACCGGGAACAUCUGGGCCUGCUAUGCUGCCUAUGUAGUUUUCAAGGCGUGUUACAUGCUACUGAUAACCAUUGCAACAUUUCAGAUUGCUGUCAGUCUCAGCAUGGAACGCUAUGCUUUAAUGUUUGGAUUCAACAACUUUGUUGCCCUGCUAAUUCAGACUCUUCUGACAGUUAUGGUGGUAGAUUCCACAGGGCUAGGACUGGAUAUUGGGACUCAGUUCCUCAUAUAUGGCAGCUAUUUUGCUGCAAUAGCUGGGAUUUUUCUAAUCAGAAGCCUUUAUACUAUUAUCUCAAUCAAAUGCCAAACGAACAUUGCUGGAAAUCCUCGGACAAAUGAAGCAGAAGAUCAGAACAUCAAUGGCUAUGCCACAAGAUUGUGAUUGAGUCCAGAUGACUGAGCAGUUGAACAAAAGGAAGGAGGGUCUUGGUUCUACCUGAAAUUACUAAAGCACAAAAAACAAUACAAGGCUGCAUAAAAAUCACCAAGCCAAAUUAUUAUCCCAUUUAACAGAUUUAUCUUGUGGGGGGAAAAAAUCAAGCCAAAUUAUUAUCCCAUUUAACAGAUUUGUCUUGUGGGACAAAAAAAUAGUUUAUUCUAUAGAGUAGUAAACCAGUCCCUAUUUUACCUCAAAGCUGUGUAAACAAGCAUACCAUGUUCAAGUUGUGCUGUCUAGCAUACUUCAUAUUUACAAGAUUUACAAGAUUUGUCUUAUUGCAGCUCCCCAACCCACAUGGCUUGUCUGGGGCGGGGGUGUGCAUGUGUUCCUGACUUUGGGGAGGGGGGUGUCAUAGGAAACUGCUGGUGGAGAAAACACAUCUUAUGCUUGGAAAUAACCUACACAUAAUUCAAUUAACCUUUCUUGAGAUAGUAGUGGAAGUUCCAGUCCCACUCCCAAAAAACCUUCUUUGGACCCUAUGGUCCUUACAAGCUACUGCCC